UGAAGAUAGUGGACUAGGAACCUACAGCGGGCUGGUCUCUCAGAACCUGCACCACGGCAGGAAUGAGAGGAACAGGAUUUACCUACAGGAGAAACAGGAAGAGAAGAGAAAACAGGAAGAAGCCAUAAAAAGGACGGGCCAAGAGGUGGUGACCGAGGAGAAGCACCUGCAUAUGGGCUCCAUGACCAUGCCAGCCCGCCCGCAGCUUGCUUACGGGCCGGGCUUUGCCGUGCGCUCCCAGUCACCACACUCGGUGGGCAGUAACGGUGGUGGGGAGGAGGAGGUGGGCAGCCCUACCUCCCGUAAGCAGCCCCCACCCAAACCCAGGAGGGACCCGGCUACCAAGCUGAGCAUUUCCUCUGAGACAGUGGAACACAGCCCCACCUUGGGCUGCAGGGGCUGCAGGGUCUGCAGGGGCUGCAGGGUCUGCAGGGGCUGCAGGGUCUGCAGGGGCUGCAGGGCAAAUCCGGAUGCGCCACAAGGCUGCGGAGAAGACUGCAAGAGGAUCCCUCCCCCCAAACCCAGGAGGAACCCCAAAACCCAGCUGAGCACCUCCUUCGAUGAUUCCUGCAUCAGGAAGCACAUUGGCUCCAAGAGUCACUCCCCCUCUGCCGAGUGCGAGUGCAACCCCUCUCCGCCGAGCGACGAGAGCCCCAGCCACCACUCCGACUCGGAUGAGCCUGUCUACAUCGAGAUGGGCGCCAGCGUUGGAGGCGGCGUGCACACAGUGGCGCCCAAGAGUGAGGACGAGGAGCCGGGAGAGUCUGUGUACGAGGAGAUGAAGUACCCUCUCCUGGAUGAUAUGGACUACUGCUGGGACCCCCCGGGGUGCCACUCCGCCUGCCCCACCCCGGCGCUCCUGGACCCAGAGCCUCUCCACCGCUGCCCCACCCCGGCGCUCCUGGACCCAGAGUCUCUCCACCGCUGCCCCACCCCGCGUAACAUCCCCCUAUGCGACAUCCCUGCGCCGUUUCCCAACUUGCUCACCCACCGGCUGCCCCUCCUGGUGUUCCCCCCUGCGCCGGCCCAAUGCUCGCCAAACUCAGACGAGUCCCCGCUCACCCCUCUGGAUCCACUGACGAAGCUGCCCAUGAUGGACAACCCCUGCGCCUACAACAAGUCGCCCACCUCCUCUUCUGAGCCCCCCUUGGCGCACCUCUGCAGGGAGCUGACAGCCACGCCCACCCUGACAGUGUCGGGUCGCUCGUCGGCUCCGCCCCUGCCCUGCACCCUCUACAAGUCCUCAGCCUCCUCAGCCCACGGUUAUCAGCGCAGCCACUCAGCCUGCCCCUCCCCCGUCAGCAUGGGCCGCUGCCUCACGCCGCUUAGCCUGAUGCGCACACCGCCCUUCGACGCCCCCAUGCCCCUCCCGGGCGGGCUGCCGUGCAGCGCCUCCACCACGCCCCAUGGAAAGGGCUCGCCCCCACAGGACUGCAUAGCUGGGGGCAGGCUGCAUGGGUCGAUGCAGAACGUAUCCACGGGACGCUCACGCACACCGACCAGCCCCCUGGACGAGCUGACCAACCUGUUCACCGCCGGCCGGAACAUGAUGAAGAAGAACACCGGCGGGAGAAAGUCCAAGGAGCCCGGGGAGACCGAAUCCAAGAGUAAGUCUCACAGCGUGUCAAAACGUGAUGGCAAGGAGCGGCACAGUCACAAGGAGUCCAAACGGGAGAGUAAGGAUCGUAGCAAAGAGUAUUCUUCUCACCUACGCAACACCAAGGACAGGAGCUGUAGCAGCGUGGAGCCGCUGCCCAAGCGAUAUAGCAAAGACCGGGGUUGUAACAGUGUGGAGCCCUUGCCUAUGAAAGGGACCAGCAAAGACCAAGGUUGUAACAGUGUGGAGCCCUUGCCUAUGAAAAUGGACAGUAAAGGCAGGGGUUGUAAAAGUGUGGAACUCCCGCCUGUCAGACGGGACAGUAAAGACAGAAGUGUCCACGGCAUGGAGCCGUUACUACAACUGGACAGGAAAGACUCUCCCCGGAAUGGUGUGGAGUCCAGACAUGACAGCAAAGACUCUCCCCAGAAUGGUGUGGAUUCCAGACACGACAGCAAAGACUCUCCACGGAAUGGUGUGGAUUCCAGACACGACAGCAAAGACUCUCCCCAGAAUGGUGUGGAUUCCAGACACGACAGCAAAGACUCUCCCCAGAAUGGUGUGGAUUCCAGACACGACAGCAAAGACUCUCCACGGAAUGGUGUGGAUUCCAGACACGACAGCAAAGACUCUCCCCGGAAUGGUGUGGAGUCCAGACACGACAGCAAAGACUCUCCACGGAAUGGUGUGGAUUCCAGACACGACAGCAAAGACUCUCCCCGGAAUGGUGUGGAUUCCAGACACGACAGCAAAGACUCUCCACGGAAUGGUGUGGAUUCCAGACACGACAGCAAAGACUCUCCCCGGAAUGGUGUGGAGUCCAGACACGACAGCAAAGACUCUCCCCAGAAUGGUGUGGAUUCCAGACACGACAGCAAAGACUCUCCCCGAAUGGUGUGGAUUCCAGAUACGACAGCAAAGACUCUCCCCGGAAUGGUGUGGAUUCCAGACACGACAGCAAAGACUCUCCCCAGAAUGGUGUGGAUUCCAGACACGACAGCAAAGACUCUCCACGGAAUGGUGUGGAUUCCAGACACGACAGCAAAGACUCUCCCCGGAAUGGUGUGGAGUCCAGACACGACAGCAAACACUCUCCCCGGAGUGGUGUGGAGUCCAGACCAGACAGCAAAGAAAGGCUCAGCCACCAGAACCCACCGGAACUUCUACCCAGGCAAGAUAGCAAAGACCAAAACAGGAACGGAAUUGAUUCGAGACAUGACCGCAAAGUACGAAUGGAUCAGCCACCAGAGCUCCUACCAAGACAAGAUAGCAAAGACCGAACCAGGAAUGGAAUGGAUUCGAGACAUGAAAGCAAAGAACAAAUGAACCAGCCACCAGAACUUCUACCCAGGGAAGAUGGCAAAGACCAAGUCAGGAACGGAAUGGAUUCAAGACACGACAGCAAAGAACGAAUGGACCAGCCACCAGAGCUCCGACCCAGACAAAAAAGCAAAGAUUCACCCAGAAA